AUGCACCAUCGGAACGGUGGCUCCAGUGACAAUACAACUAAGUUGGUUAGUUGUGGUGGGAAGCUCUUUCUUAUCUGGGAAGGGUAUAUGAAACAUAAUCCCAGUAAUAGGAAGAAGAUAUGGUGUGCGGAAAUCACGUUGGAAACGGAUGAUGAAGGUGAGGUUUGGGGGAAUGUUGAGUGGGUUGAUGUUGUGCAAAGCGUUCCCACACAAUCUGCGCUCUUGCAUUGUCUCGUUGUCUCCGUUUGA